GAUACGUCACACGUUGCCGUGGUAACCAUGGCGGAGACGGACGCGGAGAGUGUGCGGACCGAGUCUCAGGGCGGAGAAGAGCUGUAUGUGGCCGAGCUGAGCGAGGAGCAGCUGCGGGAGGUGACCGGGCUUAUCAGUGAUGCCUUGUCUACACUCAAAGCCGAGACCGAGAUGUUUGAGAAGUUCUACAAGCGGCUGGACCAGAAGGACCUGGCGCCGGCGGCCGUCUCUGAAGUCGGAGUAUCCACCUUAGACUUCAACCAGGCCACGAUGGGGGAAGCUGAGAUCCGCCGCAAGGAAAUCAAGAAAGCCAUGUAUGAGUUUGAUCGUGACAUCGGAAAGGCGGCAGUGAGGAGCAAGAAAGGCGGAGGAGUUACCCCGGAAAAGGUUCUACGCUACAUGGAGGAAAAGACCAGGGCGAGGGACAGCUUGGUGGACAAAUUAAGACUGAAGAAUGCCGCGCUGAAGAUCCAGAAGAAGAAGCUGCAGAUGCAGCUGAAGCAGAAGGAGGAUAUGGGGGAGAUUCUGACUGAGGUGGACUUCCAGCAGCUGAAGAUAGAAAACGCGCAGUUCCUGGAGAGAAUCGAUGAGCGGAAUCAGGAUCUGCUCCACCUGAAGCUGAACGCAGGACACACAUUACAGAUCCUCAACUCCUACAAGAAGAAGCUUCAGAACACCACCAUGGAGUCCACCCGUCUGGCAAAAGAGAUCUCCACCAGGAACGACAUGCUGCAACGCAUCGAGCAGGAAACGCAGCAAGUGGAGCAGGAACGGGCCAAGGCUGAGAGUCUGAAUAAGAAGCUGAGGAAGCAGCUGAGUGACUAUCGGGUCCCGGCUGUGCUGGACUACGUCCAUGAGAAGAUGCAACAAGAGGAGCUGGAGAACAGUAUCCGAACCUGGGAGAGGAAGGUGGAGCUUGCUGAGCUCUCUCUGAAGACUCAGCGCCGGUCCUGGGAGCAGCUGAAGGCAGCCAUUGUGAUGUAGAGCCAUGUCUGGGCCCC